UACUCUUGUCGGCAAUGAAGUGCCACUGGCAGCAUUGUGAUUGGUGGAGUGAAUGCAGAUCCGGUGAGCUGCUGGCCUGCGGUUAGUCGGCGGGCUGCGAUCGGGGUUUGGACCGGGGCACUUGGCUGCAUGAGGGGAACGCUCCGUCAGGGCAGGGGAGUAAAGAAUGGCACGGCAGAGACUGAAAAAAGAGAGGCUGCUUGAUACAAAAGUGGAUGGUAAAAAUGGAAAGAAUACAGGAAUUCAUAAGAAGGCUCCAGCCAAGGAGAAGAAGAAAAAGUCCAACUUGGGGAAUAUCUUCAUCAACAUAGCAAUCGUUUUAUGUACUGUGAGCUGUGUCUGGUUUUGCUAUGCUAUUUACAUGAGAUCGUGGUUUGCUAACAGAAUCAUAACACCUCACCCUUCAUUCAGGAUAUUGAACAGCAACAGCUCUAGUCCCACAUUGUCACCAGAAAGAUACUGGGGAUCGUACCGACCUCAGAUAUACUUUGGAAUGAAAACACGGAGUCAGAAAUCCAUUGUAACAGGACUGAUGUGGCUCCAGCAGUUCAAAGCAGAGGUGAACUUGCGCCAUACAUGUGAACAGGGUGAUCGGCUGCCCAGCUAUGGCUGGCUUAUGCAUGAUGGCAUCAACUUUGGGGUGCAGGAAAUUAAGGAGAAUGAUUUCAUUUUAACAACUGAGUUUGUGAAACGUCUUGGUGGGCAACAUGGUGGAGAUUGGACUUGGAGAAUUACUGCCAAACCACAGAGCUCUGCUCCAGAGAACCUAGUGAUAUCGCUGCUAUUUUAUGUCGCUAGUGACGGACAGGGAGUUCUACAGCCACACAUUGAGGAGAAGAGGAGGUUAGUGGCUGUGUCAGGGUCAUCAGAAGAUUUGGGAAAAUUCACAAUUACUUUCCUGACACCAACUGAUCUUAAAUCCAGGAACUCCAAAUAUGCCAGUUACAACCAUCUCCAAGCACCUUGUCCAAGUCUGGAGAUGGUGACAGACAUUGUGAAAAGCAGCUUGAAUGGCCGUUUUGUCUACAGUGCCGCCUCUACAAGCAGGCGCUACUACAUUGGUGUGGACAGUUACAGACCACCCCCGAAACAAGAUGGGGACACCACAUCAAACAAACUCCUGGUUCAUCAAGUGACGGUGCAAGUUCCCUUUGAGGUUGAAGUCCUGUUUGAAUCAGGAAGUUUUACACAACGAUCAAAUCAAUUUUCUGGUGAGGUUUUCUCAAAUGAACUUGAAAGGUGGAAGCAAUCAUUUGACGAAAAAUUUGACAGCACUUUUCACUUGUCAAAUAAAGGCUUUUCUCCGCAACAAAUUAAAUUUGCUAAAGCAGUUUUCAGUAAUACAAUUGGUGGAAUGGGAUAUUUCUAUGGUCAGUCAUAUGUUCAAUCCAAAUACAAUGAGUAUCCUUUGCCUUAUCUGGAGGGCCCACUCUACACUGCAGUUCCAUCCCGGUCAUUUUUCCCCCGAGGAUUUCUUUGGGAUGAAGGAUUCCAUCAACUCCUGAUUAGUAAAUGGGACCGGUUUAUUAGUAAGGAAGUGAUUGGACAUUGGUUAGAUAUGAUGAAUGUAGAAGGUUGGAUACCCAGAGAGCAAAUCUUGGACAAUGAAGCACGGAGUAAAGUGCCAGCAGAGUUCAUUGUACAGAGAAAUGAAAAUGCCAACCCUCCUACACUCUUCCUGACUUUGCAAAAGCUAAUAGAAGAUUUAAACGGGAAGUUGACUGAAGAAGACAGGUCCUACCUGAAGAAGCUGUUUCCGCGUUUGAAGACUUGGUAUGAUUGGUACAAUUCAACACAAGUUGGACCUCUACCAUCGACUUAUCGGUGGAGAGGCCGUGACACUGACACCAAUCUGUUCCUCAAUCCUAAAACUCUGACCUCUGGACUUGAUGAUUACCCUCGGGCAUCGCACCCUUCUGAGGAUGAACGUCAUGUGGACCUCCGCUGCUGGAUGACGUUGGCAUCAAAGGUCAUGACGGAUAUCACCAAAAUCCUCAGUUUACCACAUCAGGAGUAUCAGGACAUGUAUGAAACCUUGAGUGACAACACUUUGCUUCAACAACUGCACUGGUCUGAAGAUCUGAAGGCAUUCUGUGAUUAUGGGAAUCAUUCUCAGUCUAUCUUUCUGGAGCGAGAGAAGAUCUAUGUGCCCCCGGGUCAGCCUCGACAAACUGGCCUCGCAGCCAGGCUUGUGCGCUCCGUUCGGAAACAGCCAAAGCUGCAGUAUGUGAAUGCAUUCGGCUAUGUGAGUCUGUUCCCGUUCCUGCUACAUAUCUUGAAACCUGAUUCUCCAAAGCUUCAGCACAUCUUAAAGGAUAUAAAGGAUGAAGAGAAGCUCUGGACCCCUUAUGGCCUACGCUCACUUUCAAAAUCUAGCCCUCUCUACUUGAAACGGAACACUGAAUAUGACCCACCUUAUUGGCGGGGGCCUAUUUGGAUUAAUUUGAACUACCUUGUAGUUCGAGCACUAUAUUACUACUCCACUCAGACUGGACCAUAUCAGGAAAUGGCAGCAACACUCUAUCAGGAGCUGAGGACUAAUCUCAUAUCGAAUCUGUAUAAGCAGUAUGUACAAACUGGUUACCUAUGGGAGCAAUAUAAUGAUAGUACUGGCAGAGGGCAGGGUAGUCACCCCUUUACUGGUUGGUCUUCCCUUAUAGUUCUGAUAAUGGCUGAGCAAUAUUAAACUUGCUACCACUUUCAUCCUGUAUAAAAGUUUAAGACUGAUUAUUUGGUAUUAAAUAUUUCAUUAUUUCAAUGAUUGAUUCAGUUAUGGUUAAACUCCCCAGCAUCCUAAUCAGAGAGAAAUUCAACCUGCAGGUAUUACAUGGUAUUAACAUAAGAGCAGGCACUGACAAGUUUAGUAGUACAUCAACCAAACUCUGUGUACGCAAUGACUGCUACAUUUUCAGGGAUUUUUUUUCAGGCUGUGAAAGCAUUAGUUUCCCUUAAGAAAUAUUAAUAAGGCGCCUGUCUAUGUUUAAUAUCCCAUGGAGAAUCAACAUUCAACAAAAUAGGUAGCAGCUAUAGUCCAUGCAGGUUUCACUGGACGACAGCCACAACCUUUAAAAAUACUUCCUGUAACAUGGUCUGCUGUUGACCCUUCAAACUUAGUGUGAGCUAUUGUUGGCCCACAGUUCACCUCCUCAUACCCUGUAUCCUCCACUCCAUCCAGCAGCAUUGACAGUGAACCUCAUCCUCCCACUUCUCAGUCUUCACUAAGAAGUAAAUUAAAGGUGAAGAUUUGUAUUUGUCUACCAAAAUACUCGUCUAUAAGAUUUAACAUCACAGCACCUUUUGUCUUCAGCUGAGUGUUAAUGUACUCAAAUCUAAAGGAGCCAAAAAUACGCAGAGUCCUGUUUGAUCUACACAAUCUCAGCAUGGGAUUUAGUAGGGCUCUGCAUUUCUUCCACUGUUAACAGACCAAUUUUUCUAUAUUUAAUUGUACUAGAAUCUGAAAGGCUGGACCAAUAUGUAUCACAGUAACUGGGCUUUUUUAAGAAGACUUUGGAAUUUGCUGUUCAAUUCCUUCCAGUGCCUCAUGGACCCAUUGCUGGUUCUCUCAUUUUGUGUGGCAUUUGUAAAUAAAUAAAUUGAUAUGUUAAAUAAAUCACUUUGUGGCAACUUCAACACAAACAGUCAAAAAUAUAAAAUGUGUACCUCUUUAUAGGAACUAUUAUGCAUUAAACUUAAAAUGUCAUGGUUACCUCAGACGGAGUUUCAUUUUAUAAAGGUUAUAACACAGAAUCAGAAAAUUCACUUGUCCAUUUGAUUCUGUCUAUGCAUGUUCUUUUGUCGUUCAUUCCAUUCCCAUUCAUCCCUUUCUUUCCACAUCCCCCUGUAUUUUCCUACUUUGACUGCUCUUGGGAAGACUUGCUGAUUCUGGUUUGCUCACCUGACAAAUUGGCUAUUUACUUGUUACCUAAACUGAGAGUGGCCUGAGGAAAAGAAACUUUACCACAAGGGAAAGUCAUGAUGUAAAGAUGCAGUGAAAGGAAGUUUCAUCAUUGGCUUCAAAUGGAACAGAUUCCUCCAGAUCCUACAUCAUCACAUCUCCUAUCAGUCUUCUAGUUGUUUGAGAAAAGGGUCAAUGUUCCGUUACAGACAGACAGUCAGACAUACUUUAUUCAUCCCGAGGGAAAUUGGAUUUUGUUACAGCUGCGCCAACCAAGAAUAGUGUAGAAAUAUAGCAAUAUAAAACCAUAAAUAAUUAAAUAAUAAUAAGUUAAU